UUGCCGCGGCGCUGCCUCCGGGUGACCCUCACCCCUUCAUGCUGCAGGCGCGUUGCUAUGGGGUGCAUCUUGCAAAAACUGCAUUAAAUCCCAGCAUGAGUUUGGGAGAGUCCGAACAUCCCCACGAAACCACCAUGGACAUUUCCAGACCAAAGACCAGGAUAGUUUAGGAGGAUCCUGACGUUCCAGGACAGAUGAGCCCUAAAGCCAACCAAGUUGUAAGGGGCGAAGCCACUGAUUUUGAGAAGGAAAUUGUGAGCUGAUUAAACAGAGCUGUCUUUGGGGUGUCUCCCUUAUUUCAUCCCUGAAACAGACUCUUUAAACUGUUUAAAUGAGAAUGUCCUUGGCUCAGAGAGUACUCCUCACCUGGCUUUUCACAUUACUCUUCCUCAUCAUGUUGGUGUUGAAACUGGAUGAGAAGGCACCAUGGAAUUGGUUCCUCAUAUUUAUUCCAGUCUGGAUAUUUGACACUAUCCUUCUCGUCAUGCUGAUUGUGAAAAUGGCUGGUCGGUGUAAGUCUGGCUUUGACCCCCGACAUGGAUCACACAAUAUUAAAAAAAAAGCCUGGUACCUCAUUGCAAUGUUACUUAAGUUAGCCUUCUGUCUCGCACUGUGUGCUAAACUGGAACAGUUUACUACCAUGAAUCUUUCCUAUGUCUUCAUUCCUUUAUGGGCCUUACUGGCUGGCGCUCUAAUAGAACUUGGAUAUAAUGUCUUUUUUGUGAGAGACUGACCUCCAAGUACAUCGUCUCAUUUCUGUUGCUGUUCAGCAAGCUACACAGUAUUCCGAAUCUUUACAAGUUUCAAGAAUAACAGAACUGAGGGAAAAUACCGAGUGCGGCAUGAACUUGUAGCCAACCCAAAGCUAAAUUAUUCAAUAUUUGAGUUGAUAUCUUUAUUAUCCCUGUGUAAAUAAAGCUUGUUUCUGACCUCA